GACGCCAGUUGCGAACCCAUUUGGAAGUUAUGUGGGAGACCGAUGCCAACAAUUGACACAAAUACCCAGCACAUUGCGUGGCAUACAACACGCUCCACUGCGCACCCGAGCUAAUAACGAGUAUAACAAAUAACCCAGAGCCAAAUAUGGCAGAUACAUCUAAGCCCAGAGAUACUGAAGAAAUUCUUUAAAUUGUUCUUCGUAGGCCAUCAAACAAAAGUUUAAAAUAAAUAAACAAAAAAUAAGAAAACCUUAAGCCAGACGAACGAGAUGAGUUACUUGCGCUCAAUAGAAAUCUCACGCGUCGAAAUGUCGCCGGCGGAUGACAAUUCCUUUGCCACAACAAGUGGCAACAAGAAGGCAACCUACACUCUGAUAUCCAUCAAAGUGGUGGAGCUGUGUCUGCUGAUAUGUUGCCUGGGACUGAUAGAUGAGCCGGCAACCAACUCGCAUUUGCGUAUAUUCAUCACACCCAGGGUCAUGGCGCUGUGUUAUGUGACCUUUGGAGCACUGGCGAUUUACACGGCAAUCUAUUUGAUCAUGGCUCUGUUUGGGGAUCUCACGCCUUGGCGCACCGCGACGCUGUGGUCUCUGGUGGGCUUCGUCCUUUUUGUGGCCGUGACGGCGCUGUUGUUCCGUGACUGGAGCACCACCAAGGAUCGCAAUUACUGGCAUCCCAAUAUGCAUCGCCUGGAUCUGGUAAUGGCUUCCGCAUCCAUAUCGCUGGUCACCGCCCUGGUCUACCUGCUGGACGUCCUGCUAACCAUUCGCUUUGGCGUGCACGGCGAUUUGGAAUGACAUGGCGUUGGACCGUUCCAGUCUCUGGCCUAGUGUGACUGUAAUAUUUACAGAGCUUAGACGUAAGCUUAACCCACUCCCAGCUAAUUGUAACAAUUGUUCUGAAGCACAUGUCAAAAUCUGUACCAUAUACAUCAUAAUUGCCAUCAUUGAAAGAUAAUGUACAAAACGAAUUGUAGGACAUUUUUAUAAGUCGAGAAAUAUGCGUUGAAGUUUCGCUUACAGCCCUUAGAAUACGAAUCACGAAAUCUUUUCUUUCUAAUCUACUUAACAUAAGUUUUUUCACCGAAUAUUUUUGUAACAAAAGAAAUAAAUUUUCACCAAAAAAAAAUUUUAAUUAAAAUGGAGUAACGAACAUAAUAAUUCAUUUGUUUAAGCCAAUAAACAUAUAUAU